AGUAAUUGUCACCAUACAAACACCCAGCACAACAAUUUUAGGGUUUCCUCCCCUACUCCUACAAAGCUCCUUCCCCGCCGCCGCCCGAGCAACACUAAACCCCCCAUCUCCGCCGCUCCCGCCUCCCCCUCGCCGCCGCCGCCUCCCAGAUCUCGCCAUGGCGUCGGAGAAGAAGCAGGCGAACCCGAUGCGGGAGAUCAAGGUGCAGAAGCUUGUCCUCAACAUCUCCGUCGGCGAGAGCGGAGAUCGCCUCACCCGCGCCUCGAAGGUGCUGGAGCAGCUGAGUGGGCAGUCACCGGUGUUCUCCAAGGCGAGGUACACUGUGAGGUCGUUCGGCAUCCGGCGUAAUGAGAAGAUCGCGUGCUACGUGACAGUGCGUGGUGAGAAGGCAAUGCAGCUCCUGGAGAGUGGCCUGAAGGUGAAGGAGUACGAGCUGCUGAGGAGGAACUUCAGUGAGACUGGAUGCUUUGGUUUUGGUAUCCAGGAGCACAUUGAUCUUGGCAUCAAGUAUGACCCAUCCACUGGUAUUUACGGUAUGGACUUCUACGUCGUUCUUGAGCGUGCUGGGUACCGUGUUGCGCGGCGCCGUAGGUGCAAGUCCCGUGUUGGUAUCCAGCACAGGGUCACCAAGGAGGAUGCCAUGAAGUGGUUCCAGGUCAAGUACGAGGGUGUCAUCCUCAACAAGGCCCAAGCCAACACCUCCUAAGCGUCACUAGUGCCUAGUUCUCUUUAGAACUUGAGUUAUUUGGAUGUUGGAUUUGUAUGCUUCUUAAAACUAAAGAUGUUUUGUUAUUUUGUCAACUUUGAGUUGGAUCAGUUUUGGUGGUAUGUACUUUCAUCUUAAUGCUCAGAUCUAUUUACUCUCUUAGCAGAGAUAGAUAUAUGAUUUGACAUAUGCUACGAACUGCUGUCAAUGUUGAUAAAAUGAAAAGAGAAUGGUUUAGAAAAAGAAA